UCCAACAUGGACACUUUGUACUUUGUACUUUUUGUUGCCCUAUACACCCAGAGUGUGUACUGCAGCUACUAUCACGGACCCACCGCCAAGCCUGUCGUCCUCCACAACGGCUACCUGGCAGACACCCAUGAGGUAGCAGCAGCCAAGAACGCUCAUCUCGCCGCUCUAGCCAAAGAAUCUCACUCUCACUACGGAGGAGACUACGGAUACAGUCACGGCCAGGAAUACAGUGGCUCUUAUGACGACCAUCAUGGAGACAUCAGGUACCACGGACCCACCGCCAUCCCACAUGUCCUGCAUGACGGACAUAUCGCAGACACUCACGAGGUGGCCGCUGCUAAGGCUGAGCAUUUCGCCGCUGUAGCCAAGGCCAAGGCUCACGGAUGCUACGGCGACCACUACAGUGGCAGAUACGCCUCAGACUACGGCACCGACCAUGGACACUCCCAUCAUUUGGUGCCUUACCACAGACCCCUCGCCAAGCCCGUGGUGCUCAAGUCCGGAUACCUGGCAGACACUCACGAGGUCGCUGCCGCCAGGGAACAUCAUCUGCAGGCUUUGCACAAAAAUGAUAACUAUUACUAAGUUAAAUGUUUACAAUAAAAUUACGUCUACCAAAUACCUUUUUAGUAAUAUCUAAGUCUACCAUUUUAUAUAAACUAGUGGUCGUCCUGUGGUCGAAACUCGACCAAAAAUAAUUAAUGUACAGACUUCUCUAUUUUCUCCCCACACUGUAAAUAAAACAUGU